AUGGAAGAACCCUCUUUACAUUGGAACACUAAUCUUGGGGACGAUGUAGACGACUAUACCCCCGCAGAACAGGAAUAUGUUAAGCUUUGUGGUUAUCUUGAUGACCCAUACGAAAAGAUGCUGGAAAUGUACUCGAAUGCGCACGAGGCCAUUGAUGCUGAAGAUUGUGAUGCUCUCAACCGUGGCUACAUUGCAGUUGUUCAGGCCAAGGAGCUCACCUCAGAUGUUUUGCAACGGGGCAUAACGCGGUAUGGUCAGCUUGUCAAGACACGACUUGGCAGUAGACUCGGUUUUCAACUUCAUUCCUUGCCACGCGAGAGUGGGCCACGGCCUGACCACCCAGCGGAGUCUCCUGGUCAUCCAGCUGAUCGCAUUGCCUCGCUUCCGGAUCAUCAGCAGCAGGCUCUUGGUGUUGUUGGGGCUUAUCUUAGGUAUCUAAAGGAGUGCUGCCAUGAGGUAGAGACAUUUAUUGAUGGUCAGGCAAUUCAACGUUACGGUACCAAUGUUGUGGAUACAACCUCACUGGCUCAGCAUAUGGAGGUGCAACUAGAGGAAAUGGGUAGCGUGCGCGAAGAUUUCUAUGGAGACAGUAGUUGCUGA